UCUUGCAAGGGAGAAUUGUUGGUUGCUGUUGGUAGAAAUGGAAAUCAACAGAUGUUUCCAAUCGCAUGGGCUGUUGUUGACACAGAGACAAAACAUAGUUGGAGUUUUUUUUCUCAAGUACUUGAUAGAAGAUCUGAACUUAGGCACAGGACAUGGACUGACUGUUAUGUCAGAUAUGCAGAAGGGCCUUGUACCAGCUUUAUGUGAGUUGCUACCAGAUAGUGAGCAGAGAAGGUGUGCUAGACAUAUCUGGUCCAACUGGCAUCAAUUAUGGAGUGGUGAAGAAAGAAGGAAACAGUUCUGGAGAUGUGCUAAGUCAAGUUUUGAAGUGAAAUUUGAAGAUGAGAUGGAUAAACUCAACAAAUUAGGUAAUAAAAUUUGUGAGGACUUGUUGCAUUAUGAAAAAACUACUUGGUGCAAAGCAUAUUUUAAAGAGCAUUCUAAGUGUGACAUUGUUGAAAACAAUAUGUGUGAAACUUUUAAUUCUUGGAUACUAGUUGCUAGACAUAAGGCUAUCAUAACUAUGUUAGAGGAGAUUAGGCACAAGAUAAUGGACAGAAAUAUUGCAAUGAGGCAAUUUGCUGAAACUUGGAUCUCAGAUAUCUCUCCUAUGGCUAGACUAGUACUAAAAGAGAACAAAGAUCUUGCUAGAUUUUUUGAAGUUAGAUUCAAUGGUGAUAUUGGGUAUGAAAUCUUAGAUGGUCAAUACAGACAUAUUGUUGAUAUAAGGAAGAAGACAUGUACAUGUAGAACAUGGCAAUUGAGGGGCAUACCAUGUCAACAUGAUGUGCUUGCAUAUCAGCACAAUGACAUAGAACCUGAACAUAAAGUGGUAUAUUGGUAUAGGAAAGAGACUUUUUUGAAGGCUUAUAACCAUUUUCUACAGCCACUACCAAACAUGAAAAUGUGGCCUCACACUAGUGGUGUAGUGAUUGAACCUCCUGAACCAAAAGUCAUGCCUGGUAGGCCACCAAAGUGCAGAAGAAAGGCAAAGAAUGAGCCUAGAAAAAAGCUGAAAAGGGACAACCUUGAGGCUACCCAAACAGGAAACCAAGCUCAAUCCAACCACCAAUGUCUAGCCAACCAUUAA